UGAUGACGUAGACAUCCUCUUGCACCACAGUGUAGAAAGCAUGACAUCGGCUCUGUGAAAUCUUGCUUCGAUUUCACAAUCACUCGUAGUUUAAGAGAUCUUUCCUUUAAGUGUUAGUUUCAUUAUUCAAUUAUGGCUGUCCGCGCACAGUUCGAAGGAAAUAACGAAGUUGGAGUUUUUUCUAAACUCACAAAUGCCUACUGUCUUGUUGCAAUAGGAGGCUCCGAAAACUUUUACAGUGUGUUUGAAGGAGAAUUGUCUGAAACUAUUCCUGUUAUUCAUACCAGUUUAGCAGGAUGUAGAAUAAUCGGAAGAAUGUGUGUUGGAAACAGACAUGGUUUAUUGGUACCAAGCACAACUACAGAUCAGGAACUACAACACAUACGCAAUGCUCUGCCAGACAGUGUUGCUCUCCAGCGAGUUGAGGAGAGAUUAUCUGCCCUUGGUAAUGUCAUUACGUGUAAUGACUACGUUGCACUUGUACAUCCAGAUAUUGACAGAGAAACAGAAGAAAUCAUUACAGACACAUUGAAAACAGAAGUGUUUCGACAGACAGUGGCAGAGAAUGUGCUGGUUGGUAGUUACUGUGCCAUCAGUAACCAGGGAGGCCUGGUUCAUCCAAAAACAACAGUAGAAGAUCAGGAUGAGCUGUCCUCACUUUUACAAGUUCCUUUAGUGGCUGGCACAGUAAACCGAGGCAGUGAUGUGAUAGGGGCGGGGCUGGUGGUUAACGACUGGAUUGCUUUCUGUGGACUGGACACAACAAGUACAGAACUCUCGGUGGUGGAAAGUGUAUUUAAACUUGGAGACAGACAGCCUAGCAAUAUCACAACAGAAAUGAGGGAAAGCUUAAUCGACAGUAUGACUUAAUACGGCAGUUCUUCAUACCGAUUUACACAACAAGAAGAUGACUGGCUGUUGAACGAUUAUGGUCUGGAAUCGUAUCAUUCAAACAGACAAUUUUUGUACAUAGAAGGUGCUUCAACCUACGUUAAUUUGUACAGAUACUGUGUCAUCGUAUAGCAAAAACAGUAAAGGAAAGAAAUUUUUGUUAAUAUGAAGCCUAAACAUAUUAAACCAAAUGUUGGAGAGAUAUAGUUAAACAUGAAGGCUGUUUCCUGUCAGGUUGUUAUUCUAACAUCAUUGUUACCGCUACUGUUUGGUUGUUACAAGAAUGGACAUAAAAUGGUGCCAAAAGCUUUGGAUCUGAUUCAUUGAAUGUGAAUGCAUUGUAUAAAUGUCCUAAUGUUUGGACACACAUCAUCGUUCUCAUCAGUACCAACCUAUUUUGUGUGUAGCAUUGAACACAGGCUUGGUGGCUAGUGCUAUACAUAUUCUUCAAGUGUUAAAUCAUGAUUAAAAAGCAUGAUAAAUAAUAAAUAAAAAUAUUGAAAUCA